AUGGCGGAGCACGCCGAGGACGCCGCCCACAAGCCGGAGACCCUGAUGGAGAAGAUCGCCGACAAGCUCCACGUCGGCGGCGGCGGCGACCACCACUCCUCCUCCUCGUCCGACUCCGACGCCGACGAGCGCCCGCGCCCCUCGGCGCCGCCCGCCCCCGCCCCCGCACACGCCCCCGCCUCCGAGUUCGCCACCGCCUCCUUCGCCGACACCGCCUCCGUGGCGGCCGCCGACGCCAAGGACAAGAUGUUCCGCCUCUUCGGCCGCGAGCAGCCCAUCCACAAGGUCCUCGGCGGAGGCAAACCUGCUGAUGUGUUUAUGUGGAGGAACAAGAACAUCUCUGCUGGAGUACUAGGUGGUGCAACUGCAGUCUGGAUCAUUUUUGAAUUGCUUGGCUACCAUCUUUUGGCUUUCCUUUGCCAUGGUCUCAUAUUCUCUCUGGGUAUCCUUUUUCUCUGGUCUAACGCCUCAUCAUUCAUUAACAAGUCUCCCCCACAGAUCCCUGAGGUUUUCAUCCCUGAAGAUUUGGUUGUCAACAUUGCACUAUCUACACGUUAUGAGAUCAACAGAGCCUUUGCAAAUCUUCGCCAGAUAGCUCUUGGCCGUGACACAAAGAAGUUCCUUAUUGUGAUCGUUGGUCUAUGGCUGCUGUCCAUUCUCGGGGGUUGCUGCAACUUCUUGACCCUGAUUUACAUUGUUUUUGUAGUUCUGCACACAGUCCCAGUCCUGUAUGAGAAGUAUGAAGACCACAUUGACUCCUAUGGUGAGAAGGGGUGGAUUGAGGUUAAGAAACAGUAUGCUGUGUUCGAUGCUAAGGUUCUGAGCAAAGUACCAAGGGGCCCCUUGAAGGACAAGAAGAACUAGAGUGAUGUGAUAUACCAUCUGUAUCGAAUGAUACUGACUGGUAGGUGCUUCUCAGGAAGCAUCGUGGUAUGAGCGCCAAAUUCGUCACCUAUUGUCUUGUGUCAUGUAAGCCUGUUUUAUUGUCUGCAGACUUCUAGCCUGAGUAGCUUGCCCUCCGACAGUAAUGCAGAUGCAGGACUUGUUUUGCUGUACCGCUGUUUGAUUUUUGAUCUGUUAAGAUGUCGCAUGUUUAGCAUGGAUAUGGUUUCCGCGACACUGAUUUUGCUACUUGCAUUGCUGCAGUUUGGAGUUUGAUGAUGUCUAUGAACUUGUUGAGUUUAGAUUU